UUAAAAGAUAAAAAAAAAUUAAAAUAAAUAAAUUUCUGGGAGAGAGAAAAUUCCUGAAAGGGUGAGAAGAUUCUGAAGAGAAAAAAAAAAAAAGAAUCCCUACCUUUUGUCCGGUUGAUUUGUGUGGGGGAUGGCGACGCCGGGGAUACAGAACGGCGGCGGGGUCACGGUGAUACCGGCCUCGCCGGUGGUGGCGCCGGUGGAUCAGAGCAGUCACGCUGCUGCCGCCUCGAGGCUUUCGUCUCCGAUUAGGAUUUUUUUGUUUUUCCACAAGGCAAUUCGGGCGGAGCUGGAUGCGCUUCAUCGGACAGCCUUGGCUUUGGCGACGAAUAGGAGCGGCGGGGACCUCAAGCAGUUGAUAGAGAAGUGUCAUUUCUUGAGGUCAAUUUACAAGCACCACUGCAAUGCGGAGGAUGAGGUUAUAUUUCCCGCGCUUGAUAUCCGUGUGAAGAAUGUGGCGCGGACAUAUUCCCUUGAGCAUGAAGGGGAAAGUGUGCUUUUUGAUCAACUGUUUGCUUUGCUUGAAAAUGAUGCGCAAAAUAAGGAAAGCUACAAGAGAGAGUUAGCCUCUUGUACAGGAGCUCUUCAGACAUCAAUCAGUCAGCACAUGUCUAAGGAAGAGGAGCAGGUAUUCCCGCUCCUUAAUGAAAAGUUUUCAUUCGAGGAGCAGGCAUCACUAGUUUGGCAAUUUUUGUGCAGCAUUCCUGUAAAUAUGAUGGCAGAAUUCUUGCCAUGGCUUUCAUCAUCUAUUUCACCAGAUGAGCGGCAAGAUAUGCGUAAAUGCUUGCACAGAAUAAUACCAGAUGAAAAGCUGCUUCAGCAGGUUAUAUUCAACUGGAUGGAUGGAGUAAAGAUGAGCAAUAAACGAAAACGCUGCGAGGAUGAUCCUGGACUUUCUAGUAGCUCGCAAGAAUAUGGGCCUUGCUCUUGUGAAUCCUCUAGGACUGCAGACACCACUUCUCUUUUGUCUGAUUGUAAUGUCGUAAAGUCUCAGGGCUGUCACCCAGUGGAUGAUAUACUCCACUGGCAUAAAGCUAUCAAAAAGGAACUGUGUGACAUAGCUGAAGCAGCUCGAAAUAUAAAGCUGACCGAAGAUUUCUCUGAUCUUUCUUCCUUUAAUAGGAGGCUGCAAUUUAUUGCUGAAGUCUGUAUUUUCCAUAGCAUUGCUGAGGACAAAGUUAUAUUCCCUGCAGUGGAUGCCGAAAUAUCUUUUGUCCAAGAACAUGCAGAAGAAGAGAACGAAUUUGAUAAGUUUAGAUGCUUGAUAGAAAGUAUUGAAAGUGCUGGAGCCAACUCAUCGGCAGAAUUUUAUUCUGAAUUAUGUUCCCAGGCUGAUCACAUAAUGGAGACAAUAGACAGACAUUUUCUCAAUGAAGAAAUUCAGGUUCUUCCACUUGCAAGGGAACAUUUCAGCCCUGAAAGGCAGCGAGAACUCCUGUAUCAGAGCUUGUGUGUGAUGCCACUUCGACUAAUUGAAUGUGUGUUACCGUGGCUGGUCAGAUCAAUGAGCGAAGAGGAAGCUCGGUGCUUCCUUUAUAACAUGCAUAUGGCUGCUCCAGAAUCAGACACGGCUUUGGUUACUUUGUUCUCUGGCUGGGCAUGCAAGGGGUAUCCUAGAAGGGUCUGCUUAUCUUCAAGUGGUAUUAGUUGUUGUCCUUCAGAGGAUAUUAAAGAAACCCAAAAUCAGCUCAAUAAGUUAUGCCGCCACUGUCCCUGUGCAGCUGCGAGAAAUGGAAUUUUCACUUCUGAGCAAGCACGCAAGUGCGAGAAGUCAAACAUGGAGAAAGACUUUUCAUCUAUGGGUAUUGAUGCUUGCAAUGCUUCAGGGAUAGAAUUCCAGAAGUCCUCUCUCUCUAGCCAAUCCUGUUGUGUUCCAGGGUUAGGAGUCAACAGGAACAACCUCGGAACGGGUUCUUUGACAAUAGCUAAAUCGUUGCGAUCUUUAUCUUUUGGUCCCAGUGCACCUUCUCUCAAUUCUAGCCUUUUCAACUGGGAGACUGACACUACCUCCAGUAUUAGUGGUCAUACAACACGUCCAAUUGAUAACAUUUUUAAGUUCCAUAAGGCAAUCCGGAAAGAUUUAGAGUUUCUCGAUGUUGAAUCAGGGAAGCUUGGUGAAUGCAACGAGACUUUCCUCAGACAGUUUACUGGAAGAUUUCGCCUUUUGUGGGGCUUAUACAGGGCUCAUAGUAAUGCAGAGGAUGAUAUUGUGUUCCCAGCCUUGGAAUCGAAGGAAACUCUCCAUAAUGUUAGCCACUCCUAUACGUUGGAUCACAAGCAAGAAGAAAAACUCUUUGAGGAUAUCGCAUCAGCAUUGGUUGAACUUUCUCAACUUCAUGAAAACUUGAAUGUGAAAAAUGUGAAUGGAAACUUGGGUGAAAGUCGAUUUGGUUCAUGCAAUCGGGUCGAUUGUUUGAAAAAAUAUAAUGACCUGGCAACAAAGAUUCAGGGGAUGUGCAAAUCCAUCAAGGUGACUUUAGAUCACCAUGUCAUGCGUGAAGAGCUUGAGCUUUGGCCAUUGUUUGACAGACAUUUUUCUGUUGAAGAACAAGACAAACUUGUUGGCCGUAUAAUUGGCACAACAGGAGCAGAGGUUCUCCAAUCGAUGUUACCCUGGGUGACAUCUGCUCUUACGCAGGAAGAGCAGAAUAAAAUGAUGGACACAUGGAAGCAUGCGACUAAAAAUACCAUGUUUUCUGAGUGGCUUAAUGAAUGGUGGGAAGGGACGACUGCAUCAUCAUCACAAGCAUCCACGUCAGAAAAUAAAAUCUCACAAGAUUUUGAUGCACAUGAUUCUACGGACCAUAGUGACCACACUUUUAAACCUGGGUGGAAGGAUAUAUUCCGGAUGAAUCAAAAUGAGCUUGAAUCAGAGAUAAGGGAGGUAUCUCGUGAUUCGACUCUUGAUCCUAGAAGGAAAGCCUAUCUCCUUCAGAAUUUAAUGACCAGUCAAUGGAUAGCGUCUCAGCAGAAAUCCUCACAAUCAAAAUCUAGUAAAGCUGAUGACGGUAAAGAUUUAUUCGGACGUUCCCCAUCAUUUCGUGAUCCUGAGAAGCAAAUCUUUGGAUGUGAACAUUACAAAAGAAACUGCAAGCUUGUUGCUGCUUGCUGCGGGAAGUUGUUCACAUGCAGGUUUUGCCACGACGAAGUCAGUGACCACUCGAUGGACAGGAAGGCAACGUCUGAAAUGAUGUGCAUGAAAUGCCGGCAAAUUCAACCGGUUGGGCCAGUUUGCGCAACACCUGCAUGUGAGGGACUCUCAAUGGCUAAAUAUUACUGCAGCAGCUGUAAAUUUUUUGACGAUGAGCGGGAGGUCUACCAUUGCCCUUCCUGCAAUUUGUGCCGUGUUGGAAAAGGGCUUGGUAUCGACUUCUUCCACUGCAUGACCUGUAACUGCUGCUUGUCGGUGAAACUAGUAGAGCACAGGUGCUGGGAGAAGAGUCUCGAAACAAACUGCCCAAUAUGCUGCGACUUCUUGUUCACAUCAAGUACGGCCGUGAGGGCGCUUCCAUGUGGUCAUUACAUGCAUUCUGCAUGUUUCCAGGCAUACGCCUGCACGCAUUACAUUUGUCCGAUUUGCAGCAAGUCGAUGGGAGACAUGUCGGUCUAUUUUGGCAUGCUUGAUGCUUUAAUGGCGUCGGAGGUCCUUCCAGAAGAAUACCGAAACCAUUGUCAGGACAUCCUAUGCAACGACUGCGAUAGAAAAGGAACAGCACCAUUCCAUUGGCUGUAUCAUAAAUGCAGCUUCUGUGGUUCUUACAAUACCAAAGUUAUCAAGGUUGAUCACCAUAGCUGUUCUUCAUGACUCGUGUAAGAUUUUACCCCUUUUAUGUAAUUUUUCAGCAAUAUAUAUAUAUAUAUAUAUAUUCAUUUUAUGUAAGAAAAUUUUGUUUGUGUUUUUUACUUUGCUGAGUAUAGAUACAGAAAUGUGUGUCUCCUAGUCCUCCAGGUUAAAAUCUCAUGAGCAUAGAAUAGGGAACGUCGAUAUGAUAUUGAUGGGUUUGUAUGAAUUACUAUUAUAUAUGUGAUCACUGAAUCUAUCUUUUCGGAAUUAUA